CCAUCAUUGGCAAGUACAGCAGUGACCUGAGGAAGAGGCGCCAUCCAUUCAGUGUUUUGGACUGGCAAAGCAGUGUUAUUCCUGCAUCGUGGAGUGAGGAGUUAUCAGAGCCUGUGCUGGUUGAUAUGGUGGAGGCCUGCUCUACUCCACAUCAGGAGAGUAAGGACCACACGUCUGGUCAUUGCAAGUAUCAGGUCAUGAGAACAGCUGCCAAGCAACGCCACUUCAAGAGAGAGUGCCACACGCAGCAACAGUUUUUGCAUGAGAAGCGUACCAUUCUGUGCUUGGCUUCAGAUUUUCAUGGCUAUAUAAGAGGCAGAAUAGCAUCUCCUGUCAUGCAUUCCAAGAGGGAGAUCACAACAGACAACAUCAUGAACCACUUGGCAAUUCUUUCCUGUGUUGCUGUCUGCGUGUGUGUUGGGCUGGUUUCAGCUGCAAGAGUAGAACUUGUACCUGUGUAUGAUCAAGUCGUUGAUGAAUCAUCAUUUGUUCCUCAAGUUAUUCCCAGAAGUGCUUCAGAUUUAGAAACAGCUGCAAGUGGUCAUGGUCACUAUGGUCGAGUGCAGAUCAAGGUGUACAGAGGACCUACAACACAUGGGCACCAUGAACACUUUGCUCCUCAUGGAUUCUGGGUGAAACAACCAGCUGAUGACCAUCAUUAACUGUGUUGCUGCAGUACUUGUUGAUCGAAGCAAGUGUAAUAAUUUGUUAUCUGUUUUUACAAUAAAGAUGUUGAAAUAA